UCAAGAAGAGUGGGUGACGAUGCCUUAUGGCUUUGACAAUACUUGGGGUAUCAUCAAGGAUUCAGCCAUCGUUCGUCCACCCAUAACUGACGAGCAAGAGGCUUUCAUACAUCGGGUGCUUAAGAUCCCUUUUAACGAAUGGAAAUGCAGGGGCCUGAUCACCCUUGACACGUUGCAUGCCUACUCUGGUGGUCUUGUGCCGAUGCCUGAAGCCCGUAGACUGAACACUUAUUCUCGUCGGCAUAAAAAUGGAGACAGCGAAACAAAGGGCUUUGAUAAGGGCGUCAGUCGUGGUACGCAAGCUGAAAGAGAAGGACCUCAACGUCAGCUCCUAAGGUCACUGGCAAGGGAUCGUCCAAGUGAAAGAGUGACGGGAAUGAUGACCAUCUGCUUAAGAAAGGAUCGGGACUCCUUGUAGGUGACAAACAAUUAAAGAAGUCGUCGCCUCCUAAACCUAGCCAUGGAGCUGGUAAGGGUUUAAUGAUGGCGAUGGGUCCUUUCACCCAAGGAACUGUUUGUCAUCUUCUCACGCAUAAGGAACAUGCUGUUGAGAUGGUUGAGUCAAUCAUCAAAGAGAGGGACUUAGACCCUUGUGCUGAGCAGACGACAGAAGACUUGGGAGCGUCGGGUCUCUUUGACCUUUCUAGGGUACGUUUUUCUCAGUCUUUCUUCCACUCCGUUGUUCAUUCAUUGGUUGAUGGUUGUCUUGAUUUUAGGUGUUGAUGCAUA